CAGAUGUCAUCCUUUCUCUGAUGCUCCGUGUUGCGCAGGUCUGUGUGUUGUUCAGGCUGCCUCGUCAAUUUGGCGCAUACUCUCGACCCCUUGCGUACGUUGAAUGGUUUACCCCGUUCAGAGAGCCAGACGAGUCGUCUGGUCUGCGUCAAAUAUCUCGUUCAACUCGUCACUUGCGACUGAAUUCGGCCGUGAUUCAUGUUGACGAGAUUAUUCGUCCAUCUCACCUCAUACCCAAGAUGGGUCAAUCGGUCGAUCCUACGUGGACGAGCGCGAAUGUGUAUGAGUUGGCGAGUGAAUUUUACUUAAAUACAUUCAUUGACCUCGAGACUUUUUGUAUGUCCACUACAACUACUUAGAUUCAUUUAGAAUAGGACUACAGCGAUGUAAUUGCGGAUAUUGGCUACUACAGUGAAUACAAGAACUCCCAGUGCUCUACAUAGCCCUGGUUUCAGCUACAUAUGACUACAGUGACUACGUAGCACUAUGUAGCCGUCACUGGGACUACACCGGUAUUGGUUUUUUCCUGAUGCAGAUUCCAGAC